AAAUUGAGGAGGGCCUAAAAGGAAGCAAUAAAGGUGCGUCACAGCGUAGAAAAGCUGUAUCUUCCAUUUUCCAAUUCCGGCAUUGCCGACCAUUCCCGGAGGCAGCGGCCACCACACAGCCGACCUCUAAUGUCUGAGCUCAAAUAAAUUGGCCAAUGCCCAGUUUCCAACAAACACUUUCUGCCCCACUCUCUAUUUCCACUUUCCGCCACCGCCCCCGCCAUUUACCGGCCACCCCACAUCCUCUUUAACUUCAACUCCCUCUUUUCACUCUCUCACCUUUCACGCCUCUCAUUCAUCAUUGGACCGGGAUUGGGUUCUCUUUCUUCUUCAUGGCCGCCACCGGAGCUUGUGUUUUCCAUGGCUCUCUCUUUUCACCUCUCCGGCGUCAUAGGACCUCCUCCAUUGGAACUUUCAAAUCUGCUCCGAUUGCGAUCCCUAAUGCUCCGCGACUUGCUGUCUCUACUACUUCCAUGGACCGAGUUGCUUCCUCAUCCUUGCCGGAGACUACUUCAACCUCCUCGGUGACUGAUUUGUUUGGUAAUGCCCGGUUUGACAAGACUUACGAAAAUGCUACAACCGCGAUUGUUGGAGUUGGUGGUGCUGAAAACGGAACUCGGUUCAACUCGGAGGUCCGCUGGAGCUUGAAGGACUAUUUCGAACAAUCAGUUGAAUUGAUUAGAUCGGACAGUGGGCCUCCUCGCUGGUUCUCGCCGCUGGAGUCCGGUUCUCGGAUGGAUAAUUCUCCAUUGCUUCUGUUCUUGCCUGGUAUUGAUGGGGUUGGACUUGGACUUAUCAAGCAUCACGAGAGACUGGGGAAGAUUUUCGACGUAUGGUGCUUGCAUAUUCCGGUCAGGGAUCGAACACCAUUUACAGAAUUGCUGAAGUUGGUUGAAAAAACAGUAAAAGAUGAGCAUCGUCAUUCACCAAAGAAACCAAUAUAUCUUGCUGGAGAAUCCUUGGGAGCAUGUCUUGCUCUGUCUGUUGCUGCUCGCAAUCCACAUAUCGAUAUUGUAUUGAUUUUGUCUAAUCCAGCUACUUCUUUCAGCAAGUCACCACUACAACCUGUAAUAACUCUGUUGGAAUUCAUGCCAGAAUCAUUGCAAGUUAGCCUUCCUUACAUACUGAAUUUACCGAAAGGUGAUACUUCUAGGCUGCCAUUGGCUAGUGUGGGAGACAUAUUGCAACGAAUAGUCGGCGAAUUAUCACAGGAUCUUGCUGCUCUAUCUACUCACCUCUCUGUUCUUGCUGAUAUUUUACCUGUAGAAACACUCAUCUGGAAGUUGAAAAUGCUUAAAUCUGCUUCAGCUGAUUCCAACUCACGGCUCCAUGCCGUAAAAGCUCAGACUCUGAUACUCUGCAGUGGCAGAGAUCAAUUGCUACCCAGUAUGGAGGAAGGUGAAAGACUUCGUCAGUUUUUGCCGAAAUGUGAGAUUAGAAGAUUUUCCAUCAAUGGUCAUUUUCUUUUCUUGGAGGAUGGUCUUGAUUUGGCUGCUACAAUCAGGGGUGCCAGUUUCUAUCGUCGUUCGCAGCACCUGGAUUAUGUUUCAGAUUUCAUCCCACCAUCGCCUGCUGAAUUCAGAAAAAUAUUUGAGGACUUUAGAUUUGUUAAUUUUGCAACUAGUCCGGUGCUGUUUUCAACUCUAGAAGAUGGAAAAAUUGUAAGGGGACUCGCAGGUAUUCCUGAAGAAGGUCCUGUCCUGUUGGUUGGGUAUCAUAUGCUAUUGGGACUCGAAUUGGCUCCCAUGGUAGGCCAGUUCUUCGAAGAAAAGAACAUAAUUUUACGAGGGAUGGCACAUCCUAUGAUGUUUAUCAAAACGAAGGAAGGACGUUUACCCGACUUAGCAUCCUAUGAUUCAUUUAGAAUGAUGGGGGCGGUUCCUGUAACUGCCAAGAACUUCUAUAAACUUCUUUCUUCAAAGGCACACGUCUUAUUAUAUCCCGGAGGCAUGCGCGAAGCUCUACAUCGAAAGGGUGAAGAGUAUAAGCUAUUCUGGCCUGAACAAUCAGAGUUUAUUCGGAUGGCUGCUCGGUUUGGAGCCAAAAUUGUACCUUUUGGAGUUGUGGGGGAAGAUGAUAUUAGUGAGGUACGCUUCCCCUUCCCCCAUAACCUUCCAUUUCAUUUCUGGCUAUUGCUCUGUUAUAUUCUCUUUUGGAAAACUAAUUUCAUUUGUCAUCAGAUGGUUUUUGAUUAUGAAGACCAGAUGAAAAUUCCGCUCUUUAAAAAACAAAUAGAGGAACUAACCAGUGAAGCCGUGAGACUGAGGGCUGACAUGAAUGGUGAGGUUGCAAACCAAGAUGUCCACUUCCCUGGAAUUCUCCCUAAACUUCCGGGAAGAUUUUAUUAUUACUUUGGAAAACCAUUCGAAACCAAAGGGCGGAAAGAGGAACUGCGCGACAGAGAAAACGCCCACAAACUAUAUCUUCAAGUAAAGGGUGAGGUAGAGAACUGCCUUGCAUACUUAACAAAUAAAAGAGAAGACGAUCCUUACCGACAUUUAUGGCCUCGUCUAGCUUAUCAAGCUAAGCAUGGUUUUACAUCUGAAAUUCCUACUUUUGAGAUCUGAUUGAUUGUUCCUCCAUAGCAUGAGAAACCAGCCAGAAUUCUCUUAGAUUUGUUUGUUAGGCCAUUGGCCACAAGCAUGUUGGUGAAAAGCUGACCCUGGUGGCCAAUUUGGUGCUUCUCAUAAGUUAUAGGAUUACCUUCUUUUCAGGUAAAAACUAACCCAUGUCUAUUGUUUGUUAUGAAUUUUCCAUAUAAUGUCAAUUUGUGGUUGUAAAUUUUAUUCAUAUGCUAAGGAAAAGAAACAGGCCUUUAAUGUGGAGACCUAUUCAUGAUCCCUCCUUGCUUGUAUUGCAAAAUAAUCAGAUAUAUAUCAAUGAUUCUAUCUCAGUUUUUUAUAUAUGAAAA